AUGAAUUCAUCGUCUAGAGUGGCUGGUCAAGGACUGUAUGCUUCUCCUCCUCCGCCAGCUUCCGACUGCUCCUGUCUUACUCCACCACCACCACCACCUCCUCCUCCAUCUCCUACUACAAAUUGUCCACCGCCUCCUUCACCACCUGUGACAACGACUUCUCCACCGCCUCCUCCUCCGGGGUCAAAUUACUACCCUCCAUCCUACUAUUAUCCACCUCCACCAGGUGGCUACUGGCCGUACAACCCUUCACCCUCUAUAGACUACAAUUCUCCUCCCCCACCUAAUCCUAUCUUGCCUUAUUUCCCGUAUUACUAUCUCAAUCCUCCUCCACCGUAUUACUCUUCUUCAGCAACUAUGCUCAAUGCUUUUCCACCGUUGACCUGGGAGUCUGCAACAUCAAUUCGGCAGAGAUCAAAUAUCCAGGACAACAAUGCAGCACAAAUUACACAGACGUCAAUGAAUAGGUAG